AGGCAGGGUGAAGGAAGGAAGAGCGAUCUUGCUCUUCGUUGCUUCUCCGUGUUCCUCCUCAUCGUAAAGGCCGGACCUUUCCGCAGUAUUCCCGCCGGUGUCGCCUUCCUGGAGAUCAGAGCCGGGAAAAGAUUAUUCUUUUGGUGUUCUGAUCUUGGCACGACGCGGUCUCUGUCGAUUCUUUCGUCAGAUGCGCAGACCUUCGCUGCCCGAUCGAUUGGUGCUUCCGUGAGCGGAUGCGGUUUGCCCUAAUUCUCCGGCGGUGUUAGAUUGAUUCGUAGGAAUGGAGAGCCCUCUGGCGAGUACCAAUUCGCCUCCCGCGUUCCUCACCAAGACGUACGAGAUGGUGGACGACCCGACGACCAACUCCAUUGUGUCGUGGAGCCUCACCAACGCGAGCUUCGUGGUGUGGAACCAGCUGGAGUUUGCUAGGGAUUUGCUCCCCAGGUACUUCAAGCACAACAACUUCUCCAGCUUCGUGAGGCAGCUCAAUACUUACGGUUUCAGGAAGAUAGAACCGGAUCAAUGGGAGUUCGCAAAUGAGGGUUUCAAACGGGGACAAAGGCACCUCUUGAACAACAUACACAGACGCAAGCCGGUACACAGCCAUUCGCUGCACGGCCAACUCAACUCUUCAGCGCCAUUAUCGGACGCUGAAAAGCAGGAGCUCGAAGAGGAGAUCGAGAGGCUUAAGCAAGAAAAGGUUGUGCUUGUGAAUGAGCUUCAGAAGCAGCACACGCAGGUGCAGCACCAAAUGCGGUCCUUGGAAGGAAGAUUACAGGCUCUGGGGAACCGACUCAGAGGUUUGAUAGCCUUCUUGAAGCGAAUCGUAAAGGAACCUCGGGGCCUAUCUAACCUCGUGCAACACUUUGAUCUUCACAGCACAAGGAAGAGGAGGUUGCCUCAUUUUGAUUGCUUCGAUGAGGAUGCUAACAUCGAUGACAAUCAAAUUGCAAUUUUCCAGCCAGACAUUCCUUCCGUGCAAGCACUUGACACGGAGCCUUUUGAGAUGCUGGAAUCAUCCUUGAAUUCAUUGGAGAAUUUCUUCAGAGGUUUCGGUCAAGCGUCCGGUGGUGGCAUGUUCUAUGACAGUAUCGUGUCCUGCCCCUCCUCUGAUUUAUAUCUUUCCGAGAUGAAUGCAUCGUCGGAGGAUACCGACGCAAAACUACAACCUUCUUCACCUUGUCCCGGAGAUAUCUAUACAUCUCUAGACACAGCUGAGCGCACAGGUCAUGUCGCAAUUCAUCCGACAGAUUCACGUAGCAAGGUUUCUGAGAUAGAUAUGAAUGCAGAACCCACUGCUACCCGUGUCGAUUCAUCAAGAGAUCUAACUACUGGCACAGCAUCUACUAUGCUUGAAGGAGUAAAUGAUGUGUUCUGGGAACAGUUCUUUACAGAGACGCCAGGUUCUGAUGAUGUGCAAAAAGUCCAGUUCAAAAGAAAAUAUUCAGAUGGCAAACGCAAAAAGAAAAGCAAGUGGGGGAACACAUGGUUGAAUAGGAAAAAUGUCGAUCACCUUGCGGUAGGGAAAACCUGAUUGCCUCUGUUUGGUAUGUUAAUAUCUGAUUUGCUAGUGCAGUAUAGUUCAUGGUAGUCAUGUAUGAUGAGUUAAUAUUUCCCCUCAGUUUCUUGACUUGAUUUUACUGAUCUAGCGGAUCGACUCACUUCUCCGAUGCAUGUUGUUCGAAGAUCCAAUUCGACACACACUGUGUUCGAUCUUGUAAACAGGUCUGAUACAUGUUUAGAUCAGCUUUUUGUUUGUGAUGCUUCAUAGCUCCUCUGUUUUUCGGGUCGUCUCAUCCAGUUCGAUCGUAUGUUUUUGUGGUC